UAGAUUUAUGGUGCUAUAAAAUCUUGAGCUUCUUGCAGUAUUAUUUGAGGUCAGGGGGAUGUAAAUUUGGAAAAGCGUGUAAAUAUAACCACACUAGAGGAAAGACUUAUGCAGCACCAUUAGCACCAGUUCUAGAGUUUAACUUUGUUGGUCUUCCAAUCUGAGUGGGUGAGAAAGAAUGUCCAUAUUACAUGCGAUAUCCAGAACAUCUGCCAUUUCUGUCAAGGUCUGCUGCUAUUUUCCGGGAGUGUUUUGAUCCUAUUGUAGCAAGAUCUGGUCGUGAUUUGAUUCCUGUUAUGGUGUAUGGAAGAAACAUUUCUGGUCAAGAGUUUGGAGGAAUGUACUGUGUAGUUUUAACUGUGAGGUCUAUUGUUGUAUCAGCUGGUCUUCUUAGGAUAUUUGGUCGUGAGGUAGCCGAGCUUCCCAUAGUGGCGACAACUAGAGAACACCAAGGGAAAGGAUAUUUCCAAGUAUUAUUUUCAUGUAUAGAGAAGUUGUUGGUUUCCCUGAAUGUGGAAAACAUUGUGCUUCCUGCUGCUGAGGAAGCAGAGUCAAUCUGGAAAAACAAGUUUGGAUUCACAAAGAUGAGUGAUGAUCGACUGUCAAAGUAUAUGAAAGAGGUGCAGUUUACAAUUUUCAAGGGAACAUCCAUGCUGGAAAAGGCAGUGCAGCAGCAACAACACAUAAUUAUAACUCUUGCUACAUGUGUUUGGGAAAAGCACUCUCAUUGGACUGUCCAUAUGUUUCUUUGCUGGUGUUUGCUUUUCUCUAUUCUCACCAGCAUUCAACUUGGCAACAAAUGA